AUGGCGGCUAUUAACACUGAAACUAUCACCAAAAAAACAGCAAGGCCUAAGAAAUUCAUUCUUGAUAUAUCAGCAUCAUUUUCGCUAUCUGAAAUUUCGACUUCGAAAGACGAGAAAUCUGAAGGCUUGAAAUUUGGGAUUAAUAGUACAUGGGCAAUACGAAGAGUGAGUAAGAGGAAAGCAUCUCCAUCGACGAAAUCGAAAAUCGGCACAUCUGCCCUUGUAGCCGCGAUUGCGUCUACGCCUACUACGACUGAGGAACCAAAAAAUAUUGCCAUACCUGCGACAUCUACUGCGAUUGUCGCCAUACCAGCCAGCAGCGAUAGCGAAAGCGACGUGCAACUGGACGAAUUGAGAGAUUCAUUGGAUCCGAAUAUGUCGGGUAUCCCAAGCUCAGGGAAUCGAUCUUCGCUGAUCGCAAACGCAAACACGAUGGGAGCUUCGCCGAUUCUCGCACAGGUCCAGCGUAUUCAAAGUAUACGUUCUGCAUCUACUCGUGAAUCUUCUUCUCCUCCGCCAUCUCAAUCUCCUAAAUCAAAACCCUCCCAGUCGCAGCCUAAACCCGCUCGAACAGCGACGAAAACCACGAAAUCUGAGCUCCCUCUGAAAGCUCUAAAUCAAUCUAUAACCUCGCGACUGACCACGCCCGCUGGCGCGCGCUCGAUGGGUAGGGGAAAGGGAGAGAAACCCCUGCCGGGAAAUUAUCAGAGUGUAGCGAGGAGAGUUACGAUGACGAUUGUAGCGUUGCCUAUAUUGUUUGUUACUAGCUGGGUGCUUUGGGAUAGACUAGUUCUAGGUCAGGAGAAAAAAUCACUUCUCCGCGAACCGCCUAUGGUACCUGGACCACCAAUGGCUGCGGAGAUGGAAUCGCGGAAUAAUAGGGAAUAAUAGUGCGUAGAUUUAAUUGUGAGUAGAGGAUUUCAUGGGAUGGUUUGACGAUUUAUAAGAGGUGAAGGUGCUGAAUACAUAUAUUGUGGUGAUGGAAGCUCCGUCUCCCAAUGAAAAGUCUGGUUAUUUCAGGAGGGAUAGAUAAUGGGAUGGGAGUUUGUUUUGGAUGAAAUGGCAUGAAAAUAGCAUGAAAUAAUAUUUGAUACCCCCUUCA